AUGACAGCUUCGGUCCAAUGUCGAGCCCACCAGAGCCUUAAGGGCCGCGAUCCGGAUCGAUGGCGGCGGGAUAGCGAGGGAAAUGUAGUCUUCCGCGCUUUCGACUCGUGCGACGGCCCGUUCUGCUUCGAGUUCGACCGCAUCGUCCCGCGAAAUAAGGGAGGCGACAGCUCAGUGGAAAACUGCACCAUUCGCCAGACAUUUCUCUGCAAGUCGCCCCGGUCGUCUCGGGACGUUCAGAUUCUUGGCAGGGAAUUUUCAGAAGCUGACAUGGAUCUAAUUGAAAGGAGUGCGUAUGGAAAUGUUACACAACUUUCGCAAGGCUCCAGAUGCAGCAUACAGUAG